GCCGGUUGAGAGAGAAAAACCGUUGUUCGUUGUUCACGAGGACAGACCAAACACGACUCCUUCCUGAGCGAAAUCAAAUACCGUUGGCAAACACGAUUGUUACACCUUUUUGAAAUUUCAACUAACGCCAUCUUUAUCCAUUUGUGCACAGAAUCACACAAACAUAACCAAGGAAAAAUGACAAAUGACAGAUGAGUUAUUAAUUCUUCCCAAGUGUAGAUAUAUUUACUAGUUAAUAAUUCAAGAUAACUAAAUAAAUGAAAGAAAAAAAUUAAUUUAUAGCUAUAAGUAUGGCAAAUUCAAUUGAUAGUUCCCAGUCGGGCAAAAACUAUGAAAUCAAUUAUGACGAAGUCGCUAUGUUAAGAAAAAAGUUACAAUUAAAGUCAGAGGCACUUAUGGUGCUAACUCAAGAAUUGGAUCAAUGUCGAAUCCAACGAGAUCAAUUUAAGUUAAUGGCUGAGCAAAUUCAGGAGCGGUUUUGGCAUUUUAAAAAACAAGCUAAUACCACUGGGGAUCUAAGAAAAUAUGACAUGGAUGAGGACUUUCGUACGAUGGAUCUCUUGGCGGAAAUACGAGAACAGAACAAAUGUUUAAGAUUACAAGUUGAAACAUUACGACAAAAAUUGAGAGAUGCCCAGGGAGACAUCAAAGUUUUAAGGACAAGUAGUAAUCACUCAAAUUUAGAGCCAAGUAACUCACAAUUAGCUCCUGCUAUUCACGAAAAAGAAGAAAUGAUUGAGCAACUUGAAAAACUAAAUGUUAAAUGUACACAGCUGAAAAAUGAUUUGAAAAAUUUACUCGAUGAAAAACAUGAAUUGGAGACAGAACGAGAUGCAUUUAAAUGUAAAUCACAUAGAUUAAACUUUGAAUUAUCUAAAGCUUUAAAAGCUGCACAGCCUUUGGAUGUAGAUAGCCUAAUUAAUGAAAAUAGAUAUUUACAAGAUAGACUGCAACAAUUGCUAGCAGAGAAAGAACUUACCCGACAAUCUCUUUUAAAGUAUAAGGGAAUGCUUGAUAAUAAACGAGUAAAAGGUACAAUAAAAUUAGGUGGAAAUGGGACUGUUGGUACAAUCAUGACUCAUAAACAAGUCGAACAGUUGUUGCAACAAGGUAUUAAUAUACCUCCGCAAAAAUCCGCUGCUGCCUUAUCAGAUUUACGUAGUUUGUGUUCAGCACUAUUAGAGGCUUUAAAUGAUAAAACGCUGGCAUUGGUUCACCAGAAAAAAGCUAACAAAAUUUUAGCUGCAAGAAUAUGUGAACUUGAUAGUACAUAUCCAUCGCCUACGUCAAAAUUAUUAGAAGGAUAUGUAAGUGCGAAUGUUGACAAUCUUGAAGAAAUAGAAGAGAAUUUAGAUUAUAAUGAUAAAGAUUCAUUAAACCAUAUUGACAAAGAAGAAAAUAGCUUGCAAAUAAAUAGUGAUGCUUCUUGUGAUGAAUCAUCACCUUCUCAUGCAGGAGACUCUACCUCAACGCCAACAUUACCUCUUGAUUUACCAGAAAAUUUAGAAGCAUUAGUUAAAAAAGCAUUAAUGGAUUUAAGAGAAAAUCCCAAAGAUAAGUCAUGAAAUACAUAAAUAAUUAUUAUUGUUAUAAUAAUUUAUAAAAACCAAAGUUAUAUGUACUCAAAUAUCAUUGCCAAUACCAAAGUUAAUAUCUAAUCAAGAUUUAAAUAUUAAACUUAAAUAUAUUGUAAAUAAAUAUAUCAAUACGUUAA